ACGUCAGCACGUCCUGACCUCUCGCGAGCGCAGGAAACUGGAUCAACGACAAACAUUCUGCUGCUUUUAACUCUUUUUUUUUUUGCUUUAUUUGUUGUUUUUUAAGUUGAAACAGGCCAACGACACGUUGUUUGUGCGUACAGUAUCGUUUAAUGCGCGUGUUUCGUUGUUUAAGUGUAUGAUGUGUACUUUUAUCCCGAUGAUUUCUCUCAUGGAUCAGAUGCUGACGCGUCAGGAGAAUUCACAUUAAUAACUGCGCUUUUAUUCGCGUUUUAAUAUCAUAACUUCUAUUAUAAGCCUUUUAUCAAAUGUUGUUUAAGAGUUUAUUUGAAAUAGUGAAGUAUAUCUGUCACAUGCGCUUAGGUGAGGUUUUUUCCAUUACUCCUUCUUUUAGCUGCUAAUGCUAACUCGCGUAACGUUAGGCCACUUCUGGAGUUUAUAUGUAUAGAUAGGUAAAUAGAUAUUUUUUUUCAUAUGUGUACAUUUGAGUCUAUAAAUGUAAAUAGUAAUUAUAGAGGAGCAUUUAUUGACUAGUGAUGUAUUCUCCGCCCGGCUCACAGUGAUGUUUCUUACUCAUAAUUCAGGCGGCGUUUGGUUUUUAUUUUUUUACGCAACGUCAGAUAUUCGGUUCACUUCACUAACUCAUGUCGUGAAGUUUGAUCUAUUAAUUGGCUGGCUGUAAUCAAACUCGACAUCAUACAGAACACAAGGAGAAACGAACCUUGCUAAGAGAAUCAAGAUGAUGUGCGAGGUGAUGCCUACCAUCAACGAGGCGGAGGUCGGCAGUAACGGAGGCACUCUGGGCUCCGGCUCGCCUGUGCAGUCAGACUCUGAGGGUCACUUUGAGUCUUUGAUGGUGUCUAUGUUAGAGGAGAGAGAUCGACUGCUGGACACACUGAGAGAAACACAAGAGAACCUGUGUUUGACACAGAGUAAGCUACAUGAGGUCAGCCACGAGAGAGACUCCCUACAGAGACAACUCAACAGUGCACUGCCACAGGAAUUUGCUGCCCUCACAAAGGAAGUGAACAUGUGUCGCGAGCAGCUGCUGGAGAGAGAGGAGGAGAUCGCAGAGCUGAAGGCCGAGAGAAACAACACGCGUUUGUUAUUGGAGCAUUUGGAGUGUCUGGUGUCUCGCCAUGAGCGUUCUCUGAGAAUGACCGUGGUGAAGCGUCAAGCGCAGUCUCCUGCAGGCGUCUCCAGUGAAGUGGAGGUUCUCAAAGCUCUGAAAUCUCUCUUUGAGCACCACAAAGCCUUGGACGAGAAGGUAAGAGAGCGAUUACGCGUGGCUCUGGAGAGAUGCAGCGCUCUUGAGGAGCAACUGACCAUCUCUCAUAAAGAGCUGGCGUUUCUGAAGGAUCAGAAUCAGAGGAAGAUGAUUGUUGAUGGUACGGCAGAGGUGAACCACUGUUCUGAAAGCACACCAAACGCUAACGGCAAGCAGCGCUUGUCAGAUGUUUCUCUGGGUGCAGAGGAUUCUGCUACAGAUGGUGAUGUGCAGGAGCUGGUGGACAGAUUGAAUAAAGAGCUCAUGCUAAUGAAAGAGCACGUGGCGUCUUUAAGCGGCCAUGUCGCAGAACUGGAGGAAGAUCUAGACACGGCCCGUAAAGAUCUCAUCAAAUCAGAGGACAUCAACAGCCGCCUGCAGAGAGACAUACGAGAGGCGCUCGCUCAGAAGGAAGACAUGGAGGAGAGAAUCACUACGUUAGAGAAGAGGUACCUGGCCGCUCAGAGGGAAGCCACAUCUGUCCAUGACCACAAUGACAAACUGGAGAAUGAGAUGGCCAACAAAGAUUCUCUCUUCUGUCAGAUGGAAGAGAGGAACAGACAGUUGCAGGAGAGGUUGGAGUUGGCUGAACAGAAACUACAGCAGACGUUACGCAAGGCCGAGACGCUGCCUGAGGUGGAGGCUGAAUUAGCACAGAGAGUCGUGGCUCUCUCAAAGGCAGAGGAGCGUCAUGGGAACGUGGAGGAGCGUCUCAGACAGAUGGAGGCUCAGCUAGAGGAGAAGUACCAGGAGCUACUCAGGGCCCGGCAGCGUGAAAAGAUGAACGAGGAGCACAAUAAACGUCUGUCAGAAACUGUGGACAAACUGCUGUCUGAAUCCAAUGAGAGACUGCAGCUUCACCUGAAGGAGCGCAUGUCUGCACUAGAAGAAAAGAACGCUCUGAUCCGUGAUCUAGAACACGGAAAGAAAUUGAUAGAAGAGGCUCAUCAUGAGAAGGAGCAGCUGCUUAUUCAGAUCGAGACCAUGAGGACUGAGAAUGACAGGACUCGCAGCAGAAGCAACUCAAUGUUGCAUCAUGGCCGUUGUCAUGCGAGCGGCACACCAGAUUUCAGGUACCCAGUGUCUGUGUCGUCUGUGAUGGACAGUCAGUACGGUGGUGCUCUGGUGCUCAGGAGACCUCAGAAGGGCAGAGUAUCUUCGCUCAGAGAUGAACCCACUAAGGUGCAGACUCUGGAUGAGCAGGAAUGGGAUCGGCUGCAGCAGGCCAGUGUUCUGGCUAAUGUUGCUCAUGCCUUUGAGAGCGAUAUGGACGUGUCUGAUGUGGAGGACGAUAGAGACACUGUCUUCAGCUCUAUGGACCUGCUGUCUCCUGCCGGACAGACAGAUGCUCAGACCCUCGCUCUGAUGCUUCAGGAGCAGCUCGACGCCAUUAACAAUGAGAUACGAAUGAUUCAGGAGGAGAAGGAGAACACUACGCAAAGAGCUGAGGAGAUCGAGAGCCGUGUAGGUAGCGGGGAUGAUCUGGGUGGGCGUUUCCGCUCCAUGAGUUCCCUCCCACAGUCUUUCCAUAGCUCCACCCACACUGAGCCCUCACCCCCAAGCUCUGGACACUCCACACCACGUUUGGAGCGCAUGGGGGUGAUGACCCUGCCUUCCGAUUUGCGGAAACAUCGUAGGAAGUGUGCACAAGAUGAUAAAGGGUCUAUCAGAUGUGAAACGUCUCCUCCGUCCACACCAUCUUUUAUGAGACUCCAUAGAGGAGCACAGCACACAUCCAGUCAUGAGGACAUCAGAAGUGUUGGGUUGCAUGACGGUCAGUCAAGUAAUCCCAGCAGCAGCAACAGCAGUCAGGAUUCACUCAACAAAGGUGCAAAAAAGAAAAGCAUCAAGUCCUCCAUUGGGCGACUGUUUGCAAAGAAAGAGAAGACCCGACCCAGUCCUGUGACUAAAGAGACGUCCAACCCAGGUGGUUUAUCUGAUGGAGGAGGAUCUCAGGACUCCAUGACACUUAACAAACUCACUGGACCUGCAGAGAAGAGCAGAAAACUGCAGAAGAACCCCAAAUCCGGACAUGAGUUACUGGAGGAGGCUUGUCGGCAGGGUUUGCCCUUUGCUCAAUGGGAUGGACCCACUGUUGUGGUGUGGCUUGAGCUUUGGGUGGGAAUGCCCGCGUGGUAUGUGGCGGCCUGUCGUGCCAAUGUGAAGAGCGGUGCCAUCAUGUCUGCCCUGUCUGAUACAGAGAUCCAGCGAGAGAUAGGCAUCAGCAACCCUCUUCACCGCCUCAAACUACGUCUGGCUAUUCAGGAGAUCAUGUCUCUCACCAGCCCUUCAGCUCCACCUACCUCUAGAACGUCUUCUGGAAAUGUCUGGGUCACACAUGAGGAGAUGGAGAGUUUGAGCACCACACCAGUCACGGAGGAUGAGGAGGGCAGCUGGGCCCAGACUCUAGCCUAUGGUGACAUGAAUCACGAGUGGAUCGGUAACGACUGGCUGCCGAGUCUCGGUUUACCUCAGUACCGCAGUUACUUCAUGGAGUCGCUGGUUGAUGCUCGUAUGCUGGAUCAUCUGACGAAGAAAGAUCUCCGCACUCAGCUGAAAAUGGUGGAUAGUUUCCACAGGAGCAGCUUUCAGUGUGGCGUCAUGUGUUUAAGACGACUCAACUACGACAGAAAAGAACUGGAACUGAGACGUGAUGAGUCACAGAUUGAAGUCAAAGAUGUGCUGGUGUGGACCAACGAGCGUGUCAUUGCUUGGGUGCAGUCUAUUGGGCUGAAGGAGUAUGCUGGAAACCUUAAGGAGAGUGGUGUCCACGGAGCUCUUAUAGCCUUGGAUGAGUCCUUCGACCACAACGCCUUGGCUCUGCUUGUGCAGAUCCCUACACAGUGCACACAGGCGAGGGCAGUCCUUGAGCGAGAGUACGGUAACCUGCUGGCCGCAGGAACUCAACGAAAACUAGAAGAGGAUGAUGACGAUCAUUUCCGGCGUGCACCCUCCUGGAGAAAGAAGUUCCGGCCCAAAGACGUGCGUGGAAUGAGUGUGGGCUCUGCUGACACGCUGCCUGCAAGCUUCAGGGUGACCGGCGGUGGACCUCCAUCUACUGCCCUGCUGUCAAAGAAACCACAACUUGAUGGGAGUGUUAGUGGAGUUCAGCGGUUGGACUCCGCUACAGUCAGAACCUACUCCUGUUAAUCUCUCUGAGGCUAACGGUUUGAUGCUUUCCUCUCAGUGUAUGUGCAUUACCUGUAUAGGUGAGGCCUUUGAAGAGAACGGGCUCCCAUCGGGAUGGAACUUGAGUGGUCAUCGCUUCGGGUGAUUCCCUCUCACAGAAGAUCCGUAAUGCCAUCAUCAGUAAAAUCUUAAACCCAAGAGUAUAUAUUUGAGAUUAUUCUUCUAUUUAUGUAUGCCACAAGGACAUUUCAUUCAUUUCAACCUCUUAAAUGCUAUUUCUUAACCCAGUUCAAGUCUUCUUGAUCGGUUUUAAUGCAUCACAUGUCCCGAGUUUGUAAAUUGUACGACUGAAGGCGUCUAAUUCAGUGGUUUUAACCCCAUCAGGCUAAAAAUACAUACUCAACCUUUCUAUUUUUACUUUUCCCCACAAGUGGCCUGAGUAAUGGGUAUGGUGUGAAUGUCAGAGUUGGUACAUAUAUAUGAAGCUGUUUUGUUAACUCGUGGCAUUUUCAUUAUUACCUGUGAUACCAAAAAGAAACCCUUGGAUAAGCCAUCAUUUAUGAGGGCUAUCUUUCUCCAAACAUCGACGUCAGACUGAACUCCUGAUCCAUUCCUUAGUGCUGCAGUACAGGUGUGUAUGAAGAGAAAUGUGGACCAACCUUCCUCUGGCCUCAGCACAAACUUUUUUCUCUUCAAAUCUUCAGCUAUAUGAUACUGUAAUGAAGCCUUAUAUUUGUAUCCUACUUGAUUUGUUUUUCAUCAACUUUUUGACCCUUUUGUUGUAGGAAUUGUCAUAUUUGAAUAUCAGACACAGACUGGAAUCAUAUCCCAGUUUUGCAUCGUUUGUAAUUGUGUAUUCUUUAGUCACAUGUAUAAUUGAAAUCAUGUUACUAUCUUUUUUAUUGUCUUUUAUUUAAAUCUCCUGGUCCUGUAAUAGAAAUAAUGUACAGUCUAACUACUUAUCGACUAUUUUUAUCACAGUAUUAUUUAUUGCUUACAUUUCAAUAAAAUACUGAAACAUAUUUUCCACUGCCAAUAAAAGUCUUUUUA